AUGCACCGCGUCGGUUCGGUAGCGCGAGCGGUGCGCUACGGCAGCAUUGCCUGCCGACGUACGCAAUCAACCGCAACCACCCCACAAAAGAUCGAAGUGUUUAUUGACGACAAAAAGAUACUCGUGGAUCCAGGACUAACCAUUUUGCAGGCAUGCGCUCUUGCUGGUGUCGACAUUCCGCGGUUCUGCUAUCAUGAUCGCCUAUCGAUCGCUGGAAACUGCCGGAUGUGUCUUGUCGAAGUCGAAAAAAGCAUUAAGCCUGUCGCCUCUUGCGCAAUGCCAGUGAUGAAAGGGAUGAAGGUGAAAACAAACUCAGAAUUUGUUCGUAAAGCUCGUGAGGGUGUGAUGGAGUUCCUGCUAGUCAAUCACCCUCUGGAUUGUCCUAUCUGCGAUCAGGGAGGUGAAUGCGAUCUUCAAGAUCAGUCGAUGGCAUUCGGUAGCGACCGCGGACGACUUCAGUGCACCUACGAUGGAAAGAGAGCUGUUGAAGAUAAAAACAUUGGUCCACUAGUUAAGACUGUUAUGACUCGUUGCAUCCAGUGUACGCGAUGUGUCCGAUUUGCUAACGAGAUAGCUGGUUUCCCUGAUUUCGGAACAACUGGCCGAGGAUCAGAUCUUCAGAUUGGCACUUACGUUGAGAAGUUUUUCGCUUCUGAGCUGUCUGGUAACAUCAUAGAUCUCUGUCCAGUCGGUGCACUCACGAGCAAACCAUACAGCUUCACUGCUCGCCCAUGGGAGACCCGAAAAACUGAAAGCGUGGACGUGAUGGAUGCUAUCGGCUCAAAUAUAGUUUUGUCACAUAGAACCGGCGAACUGUUACGAGUUAUCCCCAAGAUCAACGACAACGUUAAUGAGGAAUGGAUCAGUGACAAGACUCGUUUUGCUGUUGAUGGUUUAAAGACGCAACGCCUGCUUUCUCCAAUGAUUAAAGAUGAAGAUGGCGUUUUGAGGCAAACUAACUGGGAGGAGACGUUGUUCACGGUGGCGCAGAAAUUCCGCGAGACACCAGCUGAGUUGAAAGCUGCUGUUGUUGGAGGGUUGAAUGAUGUUGAAUCUAUGGUGGCGCUCAAGGAUUUAUUCAAUCGUUUUAACUCUGAAAACCUUUGCACCGAGGAGGAGUUUCCGGCUACAUCAGAUCUUAGAUCGAAUUACAUAAUGAAUGAUGCAAUAGCUGGAGUAGAGAAUUGUGAUGCUCUUCUGCUUGUUGGGACGAACCCACGUUAUGAAGCACCUGUCCUUAAUGCUAGAAUAAGAAAGACUUACUUGAACACUGACAUUGAAGUGGGUGUUAUUGGAGGUCACUCCGAUCUUACGUACGACUACGAACAUCUUGGUGAUAGCGCUAAGGCACUCGAUGACGUCAUGGCUGGAAAAUCACAGUUUGCGAAGCGAUUGCUGUCUGCAAAAAACCCUAUGAUCAUUGUUGGAUCGGGUGUUCUACAAGGAGAAAAGGGUGCCGAUGUACUGGCUAAAGUUCAACAACUGGCAGAUAAGUUGCAUUCUGGCAGCGCUUGUGAUAAAUCUAGGAAGGUUGUGAACGUACUGCACCGAUGGGCUGGCCAAGUUGGUGCUCUGGAUGUGGGAUAUCAGGCUGGCACAGCAGCGAUUCGUAAGAAGCCAAUCAAGUUCCUCUAUAUGUUAGGCGCAGAUGAAGAGAAGGUUACGAGACAAAAUCUUGAUCCAUCCGCGUUCGUGGUCUACCAAGGUCAUCAUGGAGAUGCUGGGGCAGAAAUGGCUGAUGUGAUCCUACCAGGAGCUGCUUACACUGAAAAAGAGGGUACAUUUGUAAAUACUGAAGGAAGGGUGCAGAGGACGUUACCCGCGGUUCCGCCUCCAGGCGACGCUCGGGUUGAUUGGAAGAUUAUUAGAGCUAUUUCGGAAGUUGCUGGAAAACCACUACCAUACGAUGAUCUUAGACAAUUGCGCCAUAGAAUAUCAGAGAUUGCACCUCAUCUGGUUAGAUUCGGUGAUGUGGAACCGGCUGGGUACCUCAAGCAAGGCUUGCAACUGGCUAAAGUUUCGUCCACCCCCGUUGAUACUGAUUUGACACCAGCUCAGAAGAUACUACCAGAUUUCUAUAUUACUAAUGUUGUCACACGUCACUCUUCCACAAUGGCAAAAGCAAAGAAGGCGGCACUGAAGGAUUUGGAAAAUCCGUACGUGGAAGCUCAUCAUGUACAUGCACAUGCGUAA